UAGGCAACACCUCUUCAUCAGGAUUAACAUUCUCAAGCGGAUGGAGCAGACUUUGUCAUCGUUAGACGAUGAAUCGGAUUACUUCCGCCAAAUGGAGUUCUCUCUGGUUGCCGCUGGAGUUCAAAUCCGCACGAGCCGCCCUCUCUAUCUGUUUGCCUUCUACGUCUACAGGCUAAUCAUUCUAUUGCACUUUAGUUUGUGGUACGAUCGGUUUUUCGAUAACCUCUCCGAUGAGGAACGUUUGGGUGAACUGAUAACAUCGCUCGCUUUUUGCGCCGAAUUUUCCAGUCUCCUUCUGCGGGGAGUUGUGGUGCGAAUUUAUCUGAGCAAAAUCAGACGAGUGCAGGAUUACUUGAGUGAACGUUUGAGCGACUGUCGUUAUGAUUAUCGGAACAAAACCUACCGAUUGAUCUGUCGAAUCGUGACGACUUUCCAAAUUAUGUUUUUCCUGGAUAUGCUGCUGCAGUUUAAAUUCGUGAAGUAUCAAACUUUCUUCGACAUGCCCAAAAAUGUGCUUCAGCUCGGUAUUUUGUCGACGGUGCUCGGCUACCGGGUGGACCUGGUUGCGGAUUUUUUCUUUGCCACUGUCUUUACGGCUCAUCUGACGAUCGUCAACACCUACAUGAUGGCGUUUGAUGUUGAGAUGAGGAAAAUUGUUGACGCGCUGCAGAGUUUGUUUGGUGACGUGGAAGCUGAAAUAGAAGACACGUGGCAGAAACAAGGUUUGAUUAGAACUGUGAACAGUGCUGAAGAGUUACGAUUUUUGGAGGUACUCAAACGCAAACUGGGCACCAUAGUUCAGGACCACGUUGAGCUGCUCAGCCAGUUGGAGCAGUUGAAGGGAUUCCUGCAGGUCUCCUUUAUGGUUAUGUUCUACCUACAAAUGGUGACGGUAGGGGGGAUUCUGUUCUACAUAACCUCACAGAAGCUGACCGCACUCGCUGUGGUUUUGGCCUCCUACGUCUGUGUACUGAUGCUCGAGUGCUAUUGGUACUGCAAACUAUCGGAUAAUUUAAACGAAACGAAUAAUAAUAUCGGGUGGGCGGUGUACAAUCUGGAUUGGCCGCAGAAGUUGCGCUAUCAUCCUGCAGGACACCGAACCUAUCGUGAGAUUCGUACCACUCUGCUUCUGAUACUGGUGAAUUCGCAAAAAAGUCUCGGCAUCAACUGUGGCGGAUUGUUCGAGAUGAAGACCGAAACUUUUGCCUACUUUUUGAACUUGUGCUACAAGUGUCUAAUGUUUCUGCCAAAAAGAACUGGUUAAUCACAGUUAUAGACUACAAAACUAAAAUAAUCUCACGUUGAAUUGUUCACUUGUUGCGUUACUGGAUC